CUAAAGCAUAACAGCAUCAUUUCCAUGUUGGGUGUAAAUCGAUCAACAAGGUAAGGCUAAAUAAAUACAACAACAAGCAUUGGCAGCCAAACAAACGGCCUCAUUAUGUACUAAACACCUUGGGAAACGGAGAAUCCAAAAAGUGGAUAAGUUCCUCAGAAUUUGUUGCAAUGUUGGCUGAUGUUCCAAGGAACUCUCUAAAUGAUGGGAUUCCAUGGAAAAGCAAAAAUGGAAUCCGUGGAAAGGUUCCUGGUGUGCAUGGAUCAGAGGUGCCACGGAAAAAAGCCUCCAAACAGAGCUGCUUCUUGGGGGUGGAGACCUCGCCUGAGCUGGUCUGGGAGGGCUGGCAGCUAGGAGCAGAAUAUUCCAAAUUGCUAACCCUUAAAAAUAUCCAUGGAAAACUUCAGAAAUUGAGUUUCAGACCUCCUGUAUCAAAAUUCUUCACCACACUGUUUCCUCAGACCAUCGUUCUGAGUACUGGAACGUCUUUUUCCCUGCCAGUUACAUUUCGUCCCCUCCAAAAGUGCGAGUAUGUGGACAGUAUAGAGUUCCAGUGUAAAGAGGGCACAUUCCAGGUGUUGCUGCGUGCGGUGUUGCCGCAUCACGCCCUGGAGCUGCCAGACGCAGUGCAGCUGCCUCCCUGCGCUGUCCGCCACAGCUCGGGCACGGGCUUCCUCUUGCGCAACGUCAGCAAGCUGCGGACUGGUUUCCAGUGGGCUGUGGAGCCUCCGUUCGAGCUGUCUCCUGUCCGUGGCAUUCUGGAGCCCGGAGGCGAGUGCAAGGUGACCGCUACGUUCAAACCCGACCAAGCGCUGGUGUACCAGGCAGAGGCUUCCUGCACAUUCGGGGAGGAUGGCGAGAGCAGAUGCACCAUGUAUCUGCGCGGACUGUCCAAGUACCCUCACCUGCAGAUCAUCUCCCCUGACCAGGAGGACGGUUGUGGGCUGCUUGAAUUUGGCAGCGUGGCAAUUGGGAGCUCUUCGGAAAAGCAGUUCGAGAUCUGCAAUCCCUCUUCAGUGAGCGCCUGCUUCUCUCUAGCUCUGAUGCGAAGGGCCGCCCUUGUGGAGUCCGUGUUUCAGUGCGACGUGUGGGAGGGGCAGGUGGCAGCGCACUCGGCACUGAGGGUGCCCGUGUGCUUCACCCCGCUCGCCGUAGACAGCGCCAGUGCGGACUACCUCAGCCUCACCUGUCUUGGGGCUGUGAGCAGAUGCCUGCUCAAAGUCACUGGCUCAUGCAUAGGUCCGGACGUGUCUUUGAGUUCCUCUCUGGUGGAUUUUGGCUGUGUGGAAGAGGGAGGAGAGGCCGUGUCCAUUAUACACAUCAUAAACUCCUCUACAGUACUAGCCUAUUACCAGUUUGACAUGGAUCCUGGCAGCCAUAGUGUCUUCAGUGUUGACCAGCUGAGUGGCAAUUUGCCAGCCAAUAGUAGCCUCACUUUGCGACUGACGUUCCGCCCCCGUUAUCCAAUUGCCUAUCACAAGAGAUCAGCUUGCCUUAUACUACACAGGGAUCCUCUUUUUUUGGACUUGAUUGGCACCUGUCACUCAGAAGAACUAAAGCCGACCAUUUUGCACUCCAGACACCUUCGUGUGUACAGACAGAAUCUGCUCCGUGGCCUCACUUGCUACCCUCCUGAUAUACUCAGUGCUAUGCUCGCUGAAGACAAGCUACAGCUGGACGAAAGUGGGUCCUUACUGCUUAACGAGGAGACGUCCAGGGCCGCUGUUUCGCUCAGAAGCCCCAUGGAGGAGUAUUUCCACCCCGGCUGGGUAGACGAGGCGGAGACGGGCCCCGAUGAAGGCGGCGAGCCGCGGCGCUUCCCAACGCCCCACGUCACGGUGCAUCCCUCCGAGCUGCACUUUGACCCAGGCCUUGCGUCGCAGUCGGUCUCCAUCACCAACCGCACCAAGGGCAAGCUCAGCCUGCUGUGGACCCCCUCGGCCGACUCCCCAUUCUCCGUUACUCCUCUCAACUGCGACCUGAGCCCACUGAAGUCCACCGCUUUCCGAGUUACAUACGCGCCCAAGCAGCACAACACCUUCCACGCAGCACAGCUCGAGUGCUUUGCUCUCUACAAGGUCCUCUGUGACCACCGGCAGACGGACGAGCAGACUCUGUGCCCACCCUGGUGCCUUACAGUCAGGGUGAGCGCUCACUCCUUCCAGCCUGGAAAUGAGCACUUCAUCCCCCACUUCUCUCUGCUGCGCCCUCAUGUGACAUUUCCGGCUUUAAGUCAGGUUUCCUAUCGGAGUGUCCUCCUGCAGAACACAGGAGAUCUUCCCCUCAUUUUCAGACUGGACUCAGAGGAGUGUCCUGCUGUGCGUGUGCAGCCCUCUAGUGGCUUGGUAUCACCUGGCAGCCAUCAGAUCCUCACUCUUAGAUCCACUCCUUCUGAAGAUCACCCUCCCAGUUUCCCACUCACGCUGCAUUUUAAUGCUAACCCCAGACACACGCAGACACUGAGGGUGGCAAGUGUGGCAGAGAAGCCACGUGUGGUUCUGGAUGGCGGUGGGCGCCUGUUCUUCACGUCCACAGCAGUGGGCUCCCUCUCCACCAGAACUCUGAGGGUCAGGAACCUGAGCAGAGUGCCAGUACAAUUCCACUGGAAAGUGUGUGGCUCAGAUCGCAAAGUUCUCUCUGUACAGCCAGACGCAAGCCUGCUGCAGCCAAAUGAAUCCCGGGUCCAGACGUGGUCCUUCACUCCUCUAGAGGAGAUGAUGUACAUUAUGAAGGCCACUUUAACCUUCUGGCCUGCACAGACACCAGACUGCAAGAGGUCCCGUCUCUCCCUUGAAGUGAUGGGUGCGGCGGCCAAAGCUUCCAUAGAGGCCAGUCCGUCCGUCCUGGAUCUGGGUGAGGUGCUGGUUGGGGACUGUAAGUUGUUUGAGGUUCGGCUGCUCAACAGCAGCUCCUGUGCCAUCAGCUUCUCUUUGAGUGUCCUGCAGACAGUCAGUGUACGAGGCUCCCGUGAGGACACGCACAAAGACCCUGUCGUUCUGGAGCUGGAAAGCAUGCAGGGCACCAUCCCAUCUCGCUGCAGGCUGCCGAUCUCGUCCACGGUGAGGCCGACUCGCAGGGCCCGCUACUGCUGGACCAUCAGCUACCGGACCCUCAGUGCCUCCGGCUGGGUGGUGGGAGAGCCCCGUUCUCUGUGCCAAGUGCAGGCGGAGGCAGUAUACCCCACGCUGGAGGUGACGGACGCCCGGAGCAGCGGAGGCGUGGAGGGUCUGAGCAAGCUGCAGCUCUGGGGGCUCUUCUCCCUUGACCUGCUCAACGCCUACCUGUGUAGCGACCCCAGCCCAGCCGAGCUCACCUACAGAGUGCCCACCAGGCACAGUUUUCGCCGCUGCCCGCCCGUCUUCACCUCCGUCGUGCUGGACUUUAACUUCAGUGCCGCUCCGCUGGGCGCAGACCCUUCCAGUUUCCUGCUCAUGUUUGAGAACACUGGGAACAUCCCGGUGGAGUGGUCAUUCCUGUUCCCAGAGGACCAGCAGAUUGAGCUGGAGUACUGGGCUGAGAGCGGAGAGUUCACCUCCACCGAGCUCCAUCAGAUGAAAGUGCAGGACAACAGACUGUUCUCCAUCACCCCGUGCUCUGGCAGACUGAACCCUGGCCAGCAGAGGGCAGUGCGGUUUACAUACAGGCAUUACUUUACCGGAACAUAUCGGCUUCCUGUGCUGCUGAAACUCUCUCAUGGCAGAGAGAUAUUGCUAAACUUUGUGGGCGUAACGGUGGAGAGAGAUAGACACUACCUGCACUUCGCCUCCGCUCGGCACAUGUUUGCUCCUGUGGCCGUUGGAGGAUUCCACCCCCCCACACAGGUGUAUGAGCUGUACAAUGGUGGAGCUCUUCCAGUGAGGUACCAUGUGGACACCUCCCCGCUGGAACAGCUGCAGGAGGAGAACUUCAGCCACCCCGUCUUGCAUUGUCUGAAUCCAGACGGAGAGGUGCAGCCUGGCCGCUCGGCCACACUGGAGUGGCUCUUCUCGCCCCUGGAGGCCAAAACCUAUAGCGUGGACGUCCCUGUUUACGUGCUUCAAGGUGACUGUACGCUGCUGACAUUCGAGGGCAGUGGUUUUGACCAGAGAGACACGGUGCCCUUUCAACUCCACGGCGGACACCUUGGUGUGGCCUGCACCCAGAAAGUGCCCGCACCUGGACAGGUGAAGGAGAAACAUAAGAAAAGCCAAUGCAACGUUCAUCUUAACCUGCAAGUGGUGUUCCUGUCAGAGGAGGCAGUGUCGUUCGGUGAUAUUCCGGUCUGCUCUCGAAGCACACGUAUCCUGUUUCUGACCAACAUUUCCCACACUGACAGCAUCCAGUACUUAUGGAACCUGAAAGAGCAAGAAAAAAAACAGGCGGUGCAGAUCCAGCCAGUGAGUGGAUCUCUGGCUGCAGGAGAGAGUGUUCUCUGCAUCCUCACUAUUCUUACCUCAGGCAGCCCCGCCUUCUACCAGCAAGACCUCAUCUGUGAGGUAACUCCAGAGGAGGCUGUAGUUAAGUAUCAUAUGGACCUACAGCAGUGGGAGUUGGAAAGAGAAAGAGAAAAACAUGAAUUUACCAUAACUGAGAAGGAUGUGACCCAGGCAAACCCACAGAAGAGACGCACACAGGCAUGCAUGGCAAGCAAACGGAAAACCUUCACUGCAACUCGAAAAUACAAGAUGCCGCCGCCCAUUCGCAGCAGAAGCAGCAGCAUUGUAGCCAGCGGGGCCAAUGGGACGGCCAGGCGGGUGGACAGGAGGAGCCAGCCCCGGCCUCCCCGCCCCGCCCUGCUCCACCUGGGGGUGACGGCUCGCUCACACUCCCUGCUGGAGUACCAAGCCCACUUCCCCUCGCACUUCCACAAAUAUCACAUCUCUAGGUCUAUACAGCCACAGCUUUCGCAGUGUGCAACUGGUGAGAACAGGCUCUCCUUCACACAUAUGCCGCCGCUCAGCCCCGGCCCAGAGAGAGACAUCCUUACAUACAUACUCACAUCUCUGCUCAGGACUCUUCUGGAUGACCGGGAGUUCCACCAGGCUCUGCGGAGUGCAGGUUCAGAGCGGGUGCCCUACUUCACCCAGCUCCGCCCUCCUGCCCUGCCUCCCUCCCGCACUCUGUCCGCGUCCGCUACGCUCGGCCCCUGGAUGGCAGAAGGGGCCUGCUCCUCAGAGCCCACACCAGCUCCACGUCACACAGAGAGUGCCAGCACCGCGGUGGAGCUGGAGUCGGGGACACAGAACCACCGGGAGCUGCAGCGAGAGCUCAGAACCAUGGUGCAGGAAUCCAUCCACAGGAGUCCAGAGUUCGGUGACCUGCUGGAGGAAAUCCUGCUCAACACGCUCCAGAAUCUAAUGAUGGAGGCUUUUCUGGGGGAGCUGGUUCUGACGGCCCGGCCCCGCAUCAUUGCCCUCCCACCCAGGAGAAACAGCCUUGCCCCCAGAGCACAGUCCAGGGGCCUUGUGGCACCCGAGGAAGGCAGGGAUGGAUGGCGCCCCCUGGAGACGAGCCAGGGCCCCUACAUGCCCAUCUCAGCCCUGCUCUCAAACCUCGAGUCUCAUCAGCACUGAGCUGCUCCCCACAGUCACCAUUUACAAUACAAUUAAAAUCAGUAUAUUUUUAAUGAAUCAGAUUCUUAAUAAAUUAUUUUAUUAAAUAAUUAAAACUGACAUAUUGCUGAUUGAAUUCAUGACAGAUUUGUAGUAACGAUAUAUAAAAUAUUAUCUGAAAUAAAUAGCAAU